AAUGAAAAUCACCGCUGUCAUUCUGGGUUCUGUCUUCAUAUGCUCAGUUUUGGCAUAUGACUGGGAGGGUCUUGACUAUGAGGACAACAGCCUUGAAGUGGUCAAGGGUGAGGAAAGGGCACAGUUACCUGGUAUGUGCUGGGGAUGCAAGUGGAUCUUAAACAAGGUCAAGAAAUCCAUCUCUAACGGCACCACACAGGAUGAGAUUCAAGGGAAGCUGCGAGCUGCUUGUGACCAAAUAGGCUUCCUCAGGUCUGCCUGUAAGGGUUUUAUUAAAAGAUACAUAACUGUGCUGAUAGAGGAGCUCUCCACCACCGAUGACGUGAGGACCAUCUGUGUCAAUGUCAAGGCCUGCAAACCAAAGGAACUCAUCUACAUGUGAGACACAAAAGGGAGGACAACUUGGGAACCCCAUUUCAAUUGUUGCCAAAAGCUUAGCUAAGUGAAUGAUAUUUGAACAAUACUGUCCAAUGUAUUCACUCACUGUUUUAAUUCAUAUUUUAUUGCUGUCUUUUGAUAUUUUAUUUUAUUUUCUCAACCUCUUAA